AUGGCGGCGGCGGCGGCGGCGGCUGCUCGGCAGGGGGUUGGCCACGCCCCCCGCCCUCCCCCCGCCGGCCCCGCCGGCCCCGCCUCCCCCCGCGCCACCUUCAACUUCAUCGCCGACGUGGCCGAGAAGACGGCGCCGGCCCUGGUCUACGUGGAGAUCCUGGGCAGGCAUCCCUUCUCGGGACGAGAGCUGCCGAUCUCCAACGGUUCUGGUUUUGUGGUGUCUGCAGAUGGCUUGAUUGUGACAAACGCCCACGUCGUGGCGAACCGCAGGCGGGUGAGGGUGCGGCUGGCCAGCGGGGAGCUCUACAAUGCUGUUGUGCGGCAGGUGGAUCAGGUCUCUGACAUCGCCACCAUCAAGAUCGAUCCCAAGCACCCCCUGCCGACCUUGCCCUUGGGCCGCUCCUCAGAGGUGCGCCAGGGGGAGUUUGUGGUGGCCAUGGGCAGCCCUUUUGCCCUCCAGAACACCGUCACAUCCGGCAUCGUCAGCUCAGUCCAGCGAGGAGGGCGAGAACUGGGCCUGGCUGCUUCGGACAUGGAGUACAUCCAGACAGACGCUGCCAUAGACUUUGGGAAUUCUGGUGGCCCCCUGGUCAACCUGGACGGUGAGGUGAUUGGUGUCAACACCAUGAAGGUGACUUCAGGGAUCUCCUUUGCCAUCCCCUCCGACCGGCUGCGGGCCUUUCUUGAGGAGGAGGGGAAGCGUACGGACUCCUGGUUUGGCAGCACAGAGGGGAAACGCCGCUACAUUGGAGUGAUGAUGCUGACCCUGACCCCCAGUAUCCUGUCUGAGCUGAAGCGGAGAGAUCCCACCUUCCCUGAUGUGCCUCACGGGGUUCUCAUCCACAAAGUGAUCAUUGGCUCUCCAGCUCAUCAAGCAGGACUCAAGGCGGGGGACGUCCUGAUGGAAAUCAACGGGCAGCCGUCCCAGCGGGCAGAAGAUGUCUACAAGGCUGUGCGGACCCAGCCCCACCUGGCACUGCUGAUUCGGCGAGGCCCCGAGUCGCUGCGGCUGACAAUCACCCCGGAGGCCACGGAGUAG